AUGAUGGAGACAUUUCUUGUCCUGGGCCUGUGUUUUAUCCUGUACGAAGCAUUGGAUUUCUUUCAAGGCUGCAUACACAGCAACACGCCCACACCGAGCGACCAGAUCGAGGCCUAUCGCCGCGAACUCGACGAACAGCGCCAGCAGCAGCAGCAGGAACAGUUCCUGGCCGGUUUAACGCCCCUGCUGGGCGCACAGUUCGCAGCCGCCGCGGCUGCCGCUGCCGCUGGAUCGCAAUCGACUCUCAGCAGCACCACGCCCACCGCCUCAACGGCCAGCGUUAUCAGUGACUCUUAUGAGCAGGAGCAAUCACAGUCCCAGUCACAGUCCCAGUCACAGUCCCAUUCACAGUCACAGUCGCAGUCACAACAGCCGCAUUCACUGAGCACACCCGGCCUAUUCCGGCCCGCCGCAUUGGGCUAUUACGAUCCGGAAGAUCCGUUGCAUGCAACCUCAUCGCUGCCGCGCGACUAUUACUAUCUGCAGCAGCAGCAGCUGAAGAACAAGGCCAGCUCCAAGUCGCUGCUCUCAAAGUUCUCCACAACCAAUUCGGACAAUCGCAUCCAUCCGGAGGCCAGUACGCACGGUGUGCUCGGGCUGCCUGCAUCGGCGGUAAUUACCACACAGCCGCUGCCCGCCGGCGAAUCGUCGGCCAGCUUGGGUCUCUUCGAUUGCCAGCCGCCGCUAGUGCCGCUGCUGCCCGCAUCGCCGCUGUUCCUGGAGCUGAAGCGUGCGAUAAUUAGCACACAAGGAAAAAAGCAAACGACGCGUCGCCACAUCGUCGACGACGACGAGCUGCUGAGCGAUAACGAUAACGAUAUCGAUAUCGAUACCAUUUGCCCGCAGUGCGUGGAGGAGGAAGAUCAGGAGGAGGAGGAGGAGGAGGGGGAGAACGAGGAGAACGACAGCGCGCUAUCCAGAAACUCCAGUUCCGGCUCCGACUGCCAUUCACCCGCCGGUGCCGCCAACAGUGAGCCGAACAUUUGCGCCGCAUCGCAGCUGCCGCUCAUCCAUCACAUUGCCAUCGACGAUAUAGGGAUCGGUGGCAUCGGGCAGACGUCGUCCAGCGUGGAGGCGAACCAUUGCCUGGCGGCCAGUUCCAGUUCCAGUUCGCACGCCGAUUUCCGGGAGAUCGAGUGCGAGCGUCUGCGACGCAAGUGCGUGAGCGUUAAGCGCAUCUAUAGCAUAUCGGAGAAGUUCUAAGCAAAAUUCCACAACUAUCCAAAUCCAAAUCAAAAUCAAAAUCAAACUCAAAACUCAACUCAUUUUUGUACAAAUGCGCAAAACUCACAAUUGCACCAGUCAGAAUCAAAUGCAAACAG